AUGACGAACACAAAAACUAUCCAGCUACCUCAUCUGGGAGGAAUAGAAGUAGGCUAUCUUAUGCCCAAGACCUACAAUCCCUCGAAACCGACUCUUAUUCUUGUUAAUUCAUUUACAACAUCAUCAGAACUCUAUCGCCAGCAAUUCGAGAAUGAAGAACUUGCUACAGCAAUGAAUCUCCUAGCUAUGGAGCCAUUGGGUCAUGGACAAACGAGAACCAAAACCGAGAAUUGGACUUACUGGGACACGGCAAUAGCAAAUAUACAGGCAAUGGAUGCUCUCUCUAUUGAAAAUGCCUUUGUCCUUGGUACCUCGCAAGGUGGUUGGUUGACCAUUCGCAUGGCUCUCAUUGCACCCAAACGAAUACAAGGUGUCAUUCCUCUGGGAACAUCCAUGGACUACGAGUCUGAAAGAACACGCUCUCUUGGUUGUUGGAAUGCUUCAGCCGCACCAAAAAGCACAGCCGAUCUCAGGUUAUUAACUGAGGAUUUCGAGCCAGAUGAUGAAUAUUGCAAUCUUUUGGUGAAUAUAAGAUUUAAUGAUUGUUCAUAUGAUGUUCGAGAAUUUUGGAUAAGAACUAUUAAAGAAACAUACCGCGGAGAUGAAGGUAGGAGGAGAAUUCGAAUGGCAGCCAUAAAUCUCAAGGAGCGGGACGGAUUGCAUGGCCGCUUGUCAGAUGUGCAAUGUCCAAUUCUUUGGUUACACGGAACGUCAGAUGCCGUGUACAGUUUAUCGAAUGCGAAAGAAGAGAUCCAGUUGUUUGUUAAUGCUGCCAGUAAGGAGCUAGUCACUGUGGAGGGAGGUGCUCAUUUCUUGAGUGCAACGCAUCCAAAUGAGGUGGGCAGGGCUUUAGUUGGAUUUGUCGAAAGACAAAAGAAUUGGAAAUUGGAAAGUUAA